GUAAGCAGCCGCAUGUGGCAACAGCUUCAGCAGCGCGUUUAGCAUCUAAAUGUUCUGUGAAAACCUCAUGUUUGUUUCUGUCCUGAACUGGAUUGAAGUUUUUUAUGUGUUGCAGGAUGGAGAAAAGCUUUUAGAGUCUCUGUUGAAGAGCACCCUGACGCUGUCCACCAUAUUCUACUGGCUACCCAAGAGCCAAGGUGUGACGCUGCGGCGACAGGUCAGAGACGCCACUGUGGAGGUGCUGGAGGGCGUCACGCAGCUUCUGGAGGUCCUACUCAGCUCACCACUGCCAAGCCUGAGCCGGGAACAGCUGACAUCCACUGGAGGAGUUUGGUCUGCCUGUGAUCAGUUCGAUCAGUUACCGAAAGAAAAUAAGGGAGCUCUGCUGGUGGUUCUGUCCUCUCAGACUGGAGUUGUAAAGGAUGCUAUCGAGGAAUUGGAGCAGGCCCUAUCUGAAGCUCAGGACCCGUUCAAUGACGUUCUGGACGAUGACCAGGAUGAAGGCAACCCUCGGGGCAACCGGGACAUGUACUGGUCAGAGAGGGACCGGCAGGUGAUGGGCCCAUGUCAGGGGUUAAUGAAGGCAGCCGCAGGAUGCCUGAGGAAACUGGCGUCAGCCGUCAAAGCCAAUGGUGACUCUGCUGCUCCUCAGAACGUCGCCCAGCUGGAUGACCUGGCAGACAUGAGCCGGGAGAUCAGCCCCAGGUAGGCGCUCUCUGCUCUG